AUGACCCAGGAACAGUACAUCCUUGCAGCUCAGCCAAACCCUCUCCACCAGAGAGGUGCAUCGGAGUGCAGCGCCCAGGUUUACCCUACAGUCGGCAUCUAUGGAUGGAGGAAGAGAUGCUUGUACUUUUUCAUCCUCCUCCUUCUCGUCACCAUGAUUGUCAACCUGGCGCUGACCAUCUGGAUCCUCAAAGUCAUGAACUUCACACCGGAUGGCAUGGGGAACCUUCGAGUCACCAAGGAAGGAGUCAGACUGGAAGGAGUGUCCGAGUUCUUAUUACCUUUAUAUGUCAAAGAGAUCCAGUCACGAAGGGACAGUCCACUGAUCCUCCAGUCAGACAGGAACGUGACUGUCAAUGCAAGAAACGAUCAGGGACAACUGACUGGUCAGCUAACCGUGGGUUCAGAAAUGGUGGAGGCUCAGUGUCAGAGGUUUGAGGUGAGGAGCACAGAUGGUGAGAGAGUGCUGUUCUCUGCAGAUGAAGAAGAAAUCAGCAUCGGAACAGAGAAACUUAAAGUUACAGGGAGUGAAGGAGUCGUGUUCAGCCAUUCAGUAGAGACUUCACACGUAAGAGCAGAACCUUCCCAAGAUCUAAAGUAA